AUGCCUCCUCCUCUACCCCUUCUAACCCGUCUUCCCCUCCUGGCGGGCGCAUCCAACGCCAAUGCCUUCAUGCGCCGAGGCCCUACGCCUACAGCGGCGAGGCCGGCAUCGCUACUACUGCUACCGCUGCCACUGCCCCUCGUCGCCCUCUUCAGCACAUCCCCCUCCGCAUCGCUAAAGGGGCACCAGAUGCCACCUCGGCCCAAACCCCCUCCAGACUCCGAUAUUGAGGAAUCCUACCUCAAAGGCAGCGGGCCGGGUGGUCAGAAGAUUAACAAGACGAGCUCGGCCGUGCAGCUCAAACACAUACCCACUGGCAUUGUGGUCAAGUCCCAAGCAACCCGAUCCCGGUCCCAGAACCGCAAGAUUGCCCGCGAAAUCUUGGCCGAAAAGAUUGACAACUUGCAGAAUGGCGACCAGAGCCGUGCCGCCAUUGUCGGCGAUGUAAAGCGCAAGAAAGCCGCCAGUGCGUCCAAGAAGAGCAAGAGAAAAUACCGUCAGCUUGAGGAAGAAAAAGAAAAUAAUGGGGCGAGCGAAGCUGGAGCUGGUGAAGAAGCCGUUCAAGACGAGACGAACGGCGAUCCAAGCUCUGAGGACGUAAAGACCUCUUCUACAGCUGAUCCUAGUUCCACUGUACAAAGUAAAAAUCCGUAG